UCUCUCUCUUCCCCCGUUUUUCUUCAAAAUUUCACUCUCCUCUCUGUUUUCGCACGGCAGCGCUUGACAUUUCUCUCGUGCGGCGCCCCGCUAUCGCUCGUCAUGGACCCCCACCAGUGGUUCCGCCGGAGGGCCUCCGCGAGAGGACGCGUCGCCGGCCACUCGAUUAUGCCCAAAGGCUACGAUCAUUACCGGGCCCAGUACGUGCAAUCCUACGGCAGCACUGCGAACAGCAGCACCGAGGAUCACGUGGACCUCACCCUCAGGCUGGGAUUACCCGCUUACGAUGAUGACAAACUUGAACAAACGGCGGAUUCUGAAAAUGUUCGUCUUCAUCAGCGUCAGCAUCAGCAUCAGCAUCCUCAGGUCACCAUUGCAGCAGUUCUGCCUUACGGUAUCUAUCCCAUUACGAACGCCUUCCUACAGAACCCUAACUACACUCAGUUGCUUAGGCAUGUAAGGUUCAAUCAAUAUGCAAUGGGCAAUGGAGGAGGGACUAAUCAUUAUAAUCUUCUUCAUCAUCCUGCCUACACUGCCUGGAGCUCAAACAACAAUCAACUGGGGGUGGGUGGUCAGUACUUCUCCGCCGUCCCUGUGGCGGUUCCCGCCAGUCACGACGGCGGAUACUGCAGAAACUACAACACUAUUCCUCAUCUCUCCGCCGAUUCAGCACUGCACUCACUGGCCUGCAGGAAGGUGGCGACGGAGCUGCAGGAAAUGGGGAGUUCGUCAUCAAGUGAGUCCCACAAGAAGUACGUAGUGAGCAGUACUCUUCCUCAGUGUAAUAAAAUUAGUCAGCCCGAGACUGAGAAGAGGUGUUCACAAUGCAACAACGAUGACACUCCCAUGUGGCGAAAAGGUCCCCUUGGCCCCAAGAGUCUAUGCAAUGCCUGUGGGAUCAAGUAUAGGAAGGACAUGGAGAAAAAGAAAGCUGAAGAUUUGAGCAUUAUGCCUGGGGGACAAUACAAUUAAAUGUUGAAAGAUUAAUCUUUAGAAAGAAAUUAGGCAUCUAGCUAUUUCAAAACAUAUAGUUUAUGUCUAGUUCGAGUCUAGUUUGAAUUCAAAAUUAUGUGGAUUUAAGCAAAACACAAUACAUAUUUGUAUUGUAUUUUGUUCAAAUCUAUAUAAUUCUAAAUUUAAGACCUAGUCAUAGUUUAUGUUAUUGAAGAUAGUGUAAAGGGUUUUCAUGGCGGCUUGAAUAAGAUCUAAGGCUAGCUACCUUUAUUAAUCCAACCAUAAUAUAUUUUCUUCCUUUCUAAUUAUGGCAGUUUUAUCCGAACUUUGUAUUGUUUUACAUAUUAGCUAGCUAGAGACAUAGAGAGUGGAGAUCAUCAUGAUCAUUGUUUGUAAU